AGCAGCCAGAGUCUAUCCCGAGGAUGCCCGCCCGCCCUCCGUGGAGACCCGUCCGUCAAGAGAUCGAAUGACGAGGGACCGGGCCGGCUUCAGCCCCGAAAGUACUCCGUGACGGGGCAGGCAAGAACAAGAAGACGGCGAAGAAGAAGUAGAAGAAGAAAGUUCCACAACCUCGGAGCCAUUGAAGCUGUCAUCCCCCCUCAAAAUCCACUCUUGCCUUGCGAUGAACAAGCACUGGUCCCUUCUAACGUUACUACCACUGGUCAGUUCCCAAAGGGAGAUUGUGAUGUUGCAGCGCGGGCUGGCUGGGCCACGACUAUCCAGGCAGAGGGGGAAAAGUCCUCCUCUCGGGUGGACUGACUUACUGGGCAGAAAGAAGUGUGAUUUCAUGACUUGCGGUGUGCGCCUCCCUCCUCCUCCUGCCUUAUCCAGCCAGUCCUCUCGUCGUGCUUGUGGGCCGGGUUUGAUGGCAUCACCGCCGGCGGGCUUUGGCUUGCGGUACACCACGUCGUGUGUGUGUAAUUUUGCCGCCGUCCAGGAACAAGUCAAAAGUCCCCGUUGUGGAGAUGUUCAGUGUUGCUCCAAAUCUCGUAUCGAACGAACAAGAGAGAAAAAAAAAUCCGAAAAAAGCAACGACAGAGCGGGAUGGGUCGGGGCCACGGGAUUGUUUCCAGGCAUGACCUGUCAUUGAUUGGCAUCCACCAAUACGUAUAUAUGUGGUGGCAACUCCCGCAUAACAAGCAACUUGCGUCUAUAUAUGCACGAGAGUCGUCCCAAAUACGAUGUGACUGGUCUUGGACGUUGCAUUCUGCAGACUUGUUGCCU